AACUUACAUGACUGCAACAUACUUUCUUUCUUGGAAUUUGGACAUCAGAAAUAAUAUUCACCUCCUUCCUAUAGCCAUGUCUAUAGACAUAUGUCAAUGAGGAGCAAAACCCCAACGCCUCUCCGCUUCUCAAAUGGAAAGGCUGAUUCUGAGUAUAAUUGGAGUGAUGUAGGUACUAGCGAGAAAGCGAGGAAUGUCUCUGUCCUCGGUGCAAUCAGAAGGGCAGCCAAGAAAGUCUUUGCUGCUCUUUUCUUAGGACAACGAAAGUUAAAGCCAGCCGACGAAUGUAGAUCUGAUGCUGGCGAUAGCAGCACGCUUGACAGAGAAUCUACAUUAUCAGGCUGGACUGGUUAUUCAUCACCAAGCACUUUUGGAAGGUCAUCAGGAAGAAAGGUUUCUGGUCAAUAUCGUUUUUCUGGUUCAAGAUUUCUGAGUCCUGGGAAAGAUUCUUCUUCUAGCAAAAGUUGGCACCUCGGUCCCGUAAACUUUUCUUUUGGGGAGAUUCAAAGGGCAACUGCAAAUUUUGCAUCGGUUCACCAAAUUGGAGAAGGCGGUUUUGGCACUGUUUUUAAGGGAAAGCUUGAUGAUGGAACUAUUGUUGCUAUCAAGCGUGCAAGAAAGAACAACUAUGGCAAAAGCUGGCUGCGAGAGUUCAAGAAUGAAAUAUACACACUGUCAAAGAUCGAGCAUAUGAAUUUGGUAAAGCUGUAUGGAUUUCUUGAACAUGGAGAUGAAAGGGUUAUUGUUGUUGAACAUGUUGGCAAUGGAAACCUACGAGAACAUCUAGAUGGUUUACGGGGUAACCGCCUUGAAAUGGCAGAACGUCUUGGGAUUGCGAUUGAUGUGGCUCAUGCUUUGACCUAUCUGCACACAUAUACUGAUACACCAAUAAUACACAGAGACAUUAAAGCAUCAAAUAUCCUCAUCACGGAUAAGCUUAGAGCCAAAGUAGCAGACUUUGGCUUUGCUCGUUUAGUUUCCGAAGAUCCUGGGGCUACUCAUAUAUCAACUCAGGUCAAAGGAUCUGCAGGCUAUGUGGAUCCAGAUUACCUCAGGACGUUUCAACUAACCGAUAAGAGCGAUGUUUACUCUUUUGGUGUUUUACUCAUAGAGCUUCUCACGGGAAGACGUCCCAUUGAGUUACAAAGACCACGAAAAGAUAGACUCACAGUUAAAUGGGCAUUGAGAAGACUCAAUGAAGAUGAAGCUGUUCUCAUAAUGGACCCAUUUCUCAAGAGAAACAGAGCCGCCAUUGAAGUGGCUGAAAAGAUGCUGAGUCUGGCGAGCGAAUGUCUUGCCCCAACGAGAGCUACACGUCCGGCUAUGAAAGUCAUUGCGGAAAAGCUAUGGGCUAUAAGGAGAGAGAUGAAGGAGACGGUGGUUUCUUCCUCGGCCUCUAAUUCUUCGUGUUCAUCAGCGACACACAGCUUCAUUGGCCGUGAAUCAGACAGAUAUGCAUUGCCGAGGAUCGAAGACAACGAGAAUAGCAUUCAAUUACUCUCACCUUGAUGAUGUUAAUUUGUAAAACAUGUUUGCUGCUUCUCAUUAGAAGAAAAAAAUCUUUACUUAGAUGAAUGCAAAUACACACCAUACUUAGUUGUCUUUUGUUGUCCCUAAAUGGUAUCUCUUGUUUAGCUCUUAAGAAAUGUAUAGUUUCGAUUGUUUUCAUCACAAAAUGUCUCUUAUUGUACUAUAAUACUCUUGGUUAAAAAGAUGAUUAUCAUACCUGA